GUUCGAAAUGUGCGGGUACGACGAUACGUCACAUAAUGUCAUUUCUAUUUUGUUGCUGCCUUGGCUUUGUUCUUUAAAUCUGCGAAUAGAUAAAUCUGAAUGAUUGUGUGGCUGCAAUGUCCGAGAAAUGGACUCUUUGAGUUCUGAAGAUAACGACGAAGAAUCUUCAAACAUUUUAAGGGACACAGGCCAUCCCUCCUUCAAAAAGGUGAAGAGAACCCGCAUGAAUGUUGACCAUCUCAGCGAAGAUGAGAAACAUCUGAAAAAGAAACGCCUAGGACGAGAAAGGGCUCGUCGGUAUCGCGAGAGAAAACGUGCAGUUGAAUCAUUUUUUAAGGCAGUGGCUGGCCGAGGUGGGCUGGCAGAGCAUAAAUCGAGAGGUGUUCAGCAAAAGCGGUCAUGUACAAGGAGAAAGAGGAGGAAACUCUCAAGAUUUGCAUCAUUUUCAAAAGAGACAGGAACCCUAAUCCAGGUGCCAUCCUCAAUGAAUUGGUGCCAACCCUUCAAACUGACCUUCUAUACAAAGAUGCUGGGCUGUUGAACAAAGGAGGUGCAGUUUCUUUACCUGAUAGGAACUUGCUAACUUUGUAUAACUUGGGUCAAUUGUCUAACAAGAAUAUGGAGGUACCAGAGGCCAAAGACUUUAAAUUUAAGACAUUUUCUGAAACCAUGGAGUCUUCAAGGGAUGUCGUAAACUUAAGCAAAAGAAUAAUCACAAACAUGGCUGUUCCAUCUGGCAGCAAAGAUGAUGAUGAACUGGUAGAAAGCCCACAGGGACAAAAGAAACCUUUUAAGCAGCAGAACAUCAAAGAUUUCAUCAAUUUGUUUCCAGUUGAACAUUCAAAUCAGAAUGAUGGUAAGAUCCCUCUCAGCACGUGCAACUUGGGAAUGCAAAGAAAAGUCGAUUGUGUUAAUCCAGUGAGAAGAUCAAAUGUAUUGAGAUCAAAUAUUCGUGAUCUGCAAGCAGAAGCAGAAUUUGAUAUUGCUUUGAAAAAGCAAAUGACAAUAGGUAGCGAGCUCGUAGAAGGGGAUCAUAGUGGUCAGUCAGUGGGAGAGCCAGUUGAAUCAAAGAUAUUGUCAGGAGUUGUUAUACCACCUUUAAAGCCAGAUGGAAAGACUGAGCAAAGCCAGCCUCAGGCAGGUACGUCUGGCCCCCAAGCCACCUUGUCUCCAUUGCUUCCCUUAGCUGAGCUUCCAUUGCCAAUUGUUAUUGAUUCCACAUCAGGGCAACCCUUUGCAAUGGAGGGAUUGCAAUUCCCACAGACUCGUCAGAAUACUGCUCAUAUGCCAGGUGUCAUGCAGCAACAAAUGAUCCAGGCUGUCAGUAACAUCCAUGCCCUUAACACCCUUCAGGCGUCUGGCCAAUCCAGAAUGCUAAGCAUGCACGAUCUUAAACAGACGACAGGCAUACAUCGUAUCAUUGGUUUAGCAAAUGUUCAAGGUGUUGGUGGCAUCCAUGGAGUGAGUGAUGUUCAGGGCAUUUUAGGAAAUCCUGGCAGUAGCCAAGAAGUUGCAGGACUCCAUAGUACAGGAGGUAUUCAGGGGCUUUUAGAUGGUAUAAAUGGGAUCUCUGGUCUCCAAGGGAUUUCAAAUCUCUUGGGAAUCGGCUGCCUGUCUGGCAUCACAGGAAUCGCUGGACCUACAAGUUCAACAGGAUUAUCGAGCCUGCAGAGUAACGAUCAAGGUGUUACAAACAUGGUCCCAAGCCUUCAAGGUAUGUCAAAUUUUCAGGCAACAGUUCAAGAAAUCCCAGCUCUCCAAGGGGUUACAGGUCUACAAGGACUUGUCAAUCUUCAGACACUAUCUACCCUUCAAGGAAUUCAAGGUCUUCAAGGAGUAGGAAUCUCAGCAUUGCAUGGUCAGCAGGCUUUGGCAGGUCUACAAGCUAUCGCAGGAGCCUUGCCACUUCAACCAGGAUUCUCAGUUCAAGCUGGGACACUUGGUCAGCUUGGUAUCAUGGGAGCUGUUGGUCAAGACACCACAAUCAAUCAGUUAGAGGUCCCUGAGCCAGCCACUAGUAAUGGGGUUGUCAGUGAUCCCGAACAGCAGUCAAUCAAGGAAGAGAAAGAAAAAAGCCCUACACUGACCAGCAGUGCAUGUACUUGCUCCAACCCAAAUGAUACCAGCCAACCAGACCUUCAAAUGUGUACACCAGAAAAGAAACAGCUUUACCCUGAUUGUAAGGGUCGAAGUUCAAGACGGAAACAAGCCAGCCCCAGGUGCAUCUCUAAACGGAAAACAUUGGUUUUUGAAUCAAAAGAGGAUUCAGGCAAAGAAGAAGAAGAUGGACCCAGUUACAGAUGGCCAUUCGUUACAGAAAACAUGGCAAAAGGACAGCAAAACAGUACUGAUCUUGACACUAGAUUACCUGCUAUGCAAUCAACUGAGUGCGUAAAGUCUACAACAAACUCUACAAAGCUUGGUUCAAAACUCUCAAAGAAGGUAGAGGAGUUACUGAGUGCUACAAAUACAGAAAUUCUUGGUGUGCAUGUAGAGUGCCCCACAGACCCAGUCGAUGAUGAAUCACCAUCCCCCCAGACAUGGCGAAGGUUCUUGGAGAGGGAAAGGCAUAGAAAUGAUCGACUCAGAGAAGUUGAACAACAACUUGCUAAACUACAGGUUUUGACUGCUGGAGCAUCGCCAGUGAGUUCAAAGUCUUUCUCAAGUAUGACGACUCAAACUUAUCCACAGGAUUUCUUGGCUGUUGGGGGUCAUGCUGAGGAAAGACUGGUCAAGGCAAGGACCAACCUGUUGUGGCAGACUACACAGGGAGUAAUGGAGCAAUCAGAGAGAAAUAGACGGGCCUCUGGACAAAUACAACAAAGAGUUGUUACAAGUUCAGGAGAUCCUCUUGAUACAUUACUAGCUCUAGACGUAAAGAAAAGUGAGAUCCAUAAGAUGGAUUCUUUAACUCCCCUUCACCGGAGUGAAAUGCUGCAACAACCUUCCUCUGAUAUCGAAGCUAGAACCGAUCCUAACCAAGAGUGUCAAAUCGUAAACAGACCUGGCAACUAUUGGCUUCACUCAAUCAAGAGGAAACAAAUUGCUUGUAGGAAGGCUUCACCGUCUGCCAAGCGUAGAGAAGGGACUGGAGGUGCUGGAUCCAAUUCCACCAAUGAAGAAGACUUGAGGGAACUCAGCAUGAUUAACGAAGAUCCACUCUCUUUCGUGCCCAAAAAGAAGAAAGCAAAGAAGUACGUUUAUCAAAUUCCCCCUGAGAAUUCUGGCUUUGUUCAGGCAGGUGAAAUAUCUGAAACUGCUGUUGAUUGGCAAGAGCCCUUGGAUUGUAGAAUGGACAACCAAAAUUCCCCUUUACAAGUUGUGAGUGAUGCUACCAGCAGAAUGAAUGCAGAGCAGCAUCAUGGUAAGGUGGUACAAGUGGAGAUGUCAUCAGUUCUUCCUUGGGAGUUGGAGGGUCUGACAAAAAUUGAGAGGAACAGGAUCAGAGCUCGGGAGGGAAUGAGGAGGCACAGGGAAAAGUUGAAGAUGGCAAAGCUUUCUAACCAAGGUUGGCGAUGCCAUGAAAUGCCAGGGAUUUCGCCUGUUGUGGAGAAGACACCCAUACCUCCAGGUUCUAAGACUGUGGUCCAUAGAGGCUAUUUGUCUGCCAGAGAAAAAAAAGGGGGUAAGAGGCUGAAAUCAGAUUCACUGAAAGGUUCCAGAGGUAAUUCUACCCACAGUAAAGAUUACAUGAUUGCGACUGAUGUUAGCACCUCCAUAAGAAUGUCAGACCUGCCAGUAUUGUCAGGCGAGGAUCUGAAUAAGAAAACAUUCCAGGUAUUUACACCAGUUGUAGCUGAGACCGAGUCAAACAUAACAUCAUUGCAUAAAGGUUUGUUUAAGACAGAGCUCCCUGAAGUACAUGUCAAGGGUCUUGGCAAAGAAGCUUUCCGUCUAUUUUCGCCAGUGGCAGCUGAUGCUACUGCUGUCCAAACUGUUAAUCCAGGAACACAUGUCUCGCCAAAUAGGAGGGACAGGAGGAGAAAAGGCUGGUUAAAAUCGGAACAAAGAUUUGAGAAGAAUGCCACCUUGCUUGAGAUGCCAACAAACUCACCAACUCAUUCAUUGCCAGCAUCAGACCAAAUUGAUUUUACACAGGAACCUUACAGAAGCAUGAGCUUGCGUGAACGGAAUCGAGUCAGGGCCAGAGAAGGAAUGAGAAGAUAUCGGGAACGACUAAAAAUGGCUCGACAACCAUCUCAUCCAGCACAUCAGAGGGUGGCACACAUGUUGCCACGUUCAGGUAGAGGUACAUUCAAACGUGGUUCUCACAAAAAGGAGUUAGACAAGGGGACUGUUUCAGUUGAGGAACCAAGUGGGGUACCUAGGGAGGUUCCCACAAAGAAUCCCAACUCAAUGGUGUCGUACUCUGAGAUGGUAGAGUAUCGAAAGACUGAAAUCAUGAAGAGACGACGCUCUAUCCAGUUGCUUAAAACAAACACAGUGAGAAACAAGGCAAGGUUCAGUCAAAGAUACAUCAAGGAAGGGACUCCACAAGGAGAAUCAAGGUCUCAGGGGGUUUUCAUCAAAAGGGAGACAGUAUCAGAAGAAGAAUCAGAGGAGCACAUGAAUGAUCCUAAAUUAAGUCAUGUGAAUUUGUUUCCGAUUGUGCGACAGCGGGAACAGGGGAGUACAAGUAAUGAAAAAACAGACCAAGAGAAAUCCGUGUGCGAGGAGACUCAAGACAACCAAAGCUUGGCAACAGUGUCGUCCAUAAGUAUUGCUGAUGAGGUUGUGGGCAAUGCAGAGAAGGAGAGAUUGGCCUACAUCGAGAGGAUGAAAAAACAUCUUGAAGCGAUCCGGAGAAGGAGGCGUAUAGAUGAGAAAAUAGCAUGUGGUAUGGACAGGCACGCUGCAAUCAGUUCCUCAAAAUGUGCUGCUAAGAAAGUUAUCAUUGCCAAGCUAGAGUCAGAGGAGGAUAUCGCUACUAAUGAUGAGGAGACACUGUGUACCAGGCCCCAGGCACCAAACCUAUGAACCAACCACUAUAGAGGGUCAACGAUGCACCUACUUAGUUUGUUAGGAGCAAGAAGAGACAGGCCUACAGACAAGGAACAGUGAGUUUUACAACACUGUCUUGACUUGGGUUUUAUUAUUGUAUUUAGGCAUCACACAUGAGCACUAGCAGAUUCCACUCAAUUAGGUAGGGAUUGGAAUCACACACAAGCUCCAGCCUGAGGUGGGAUUCAAACCAGGGUCCACAGAGGUGAAAGGCUGAUAAAGAAUCCACUGACCCAAUCUGAUCCCUCACUUUUAUAAAAGUUCAACCAAAUGCAAUGGUUUUUCAGUUAAUAUAGUAUACUGGGAGACUUUGGAACUCUUGGUCACAGGAAUCUUACCGGGUUACGAAAUUCUGCACAUGCACAUAAUUCUGAGAUUUCAGAUAUAACAUGAUUGAUAAGGAUGUCGUAAAAAUGUUAAUCGUAAUUAUUGUAGGUUUUGAAGGAGAGUAGUUUUGAUAUUUUGCAGCAGGUGGCUUUUGCACAAACACAUCUUAUCAUAUAACAUAACGAUGCGUUCAUCUUUUAUUUUUUUAUUUUUUAUAUUUAAAAUGAUAUUUUGAAGCCUUUACUUUUUUCUUCAAACAAAUUUAUAGCUAAGUAUUUUGCAACGGGAAUAUAUAGCAAAAUUGAUCAGAAUCAUGAAAACCAAAAUUUGGCCUUAAAUUAUUUGCAAUAAAUAAUCAAUAGCUUUGCGUCUCUUUAAAGACCCAAAAUGUAUGUAGUGUGAGCUAGUACCCAAAGAUGACACUUUACCAGAAGCAUAACUACAGAGUCACCAUUUAUGUAUCACCAUUUAUAAUCUGUAAAAGGGAGAUGGGAUGCUGAUAUUAAUCAUCAGACACUCAAACAUUUAAUUGGUGUCUAACAGGAACGUUCUUUGGUUGGAAAUCACAUGCAGAAGGUUUUAUUUUCACAACUUUUAGGAAAGAAGUUUAGUUUGCCACAAUUUUGAGAUAUGAGUUUUAAUCACGGGUAGAGUAUACCUCGCUUUGUGUAUCAUUAGUUACAACUACGAUACAAUUUUGUUCGUAAGUUAUAGUUGAGUAUCUUUGAAGUAAACGUAUAACAUCGCUAAUUUAUUGCUUAAACUUUUGUAAAAUUUUGUGGGGUUUUUUUUAUACAAAAAAUGUUUUAAACAGUAUUCAUAAUGGUCGUCAUAAUAACACAUAGUUUAAUGUGUUGUCAACCAUCUGGGCCAAAUUUCAUAGAGCGUUACAACAACUAGCUAAGCAAAAUAAAGUUAUACUUCCCAGAAGAAGAUUACCAGCUUGAAUACUAUGUCACAUGUAUCAUUUGUGACUGGUUUCCUGCCAGUAUCUGCUAAGCAACUUUGGAU